UUUUACUUGAUUUUUAGUAUGUUCGAUGGAACGUCGGCGAUUCGAAAUGUUUUUUUAAGUUUGACAAAAAUUAUCCGCCAACAAUCAGUUGAUACUGGGCGUCGGCGAUUGGCGAUAUCACCUCAUCUCGGUCGUCCAACUCGGCACGUAAGAAUUGUCGAUCAGCAUGUUAACGAUAAAUAUGUACAGUUGAAUCAAUACAGACUUAUGGAGGAAAUUGGCCAGGGAUCGUAUGGAAUUGUCAAACUCGCAUAUAACGAAAAGGAUAAAAAUUUAUAUGCGCUUAAAGUAUUGGAUAAAACGAAACUUAUCAAAAAUUUCGCUUUUUUUCCUCCACCGAAAAGGCAUAAAAGAGCGCAAUCAUCAAUGAAGGAUCCCAUGCAACUUGUUCAACGUGAAAUUGCCAUUCUUAAGAAAUUGAAUCAUCCAAAUGUAGUUAAACUUGUUGAGGUUUUGGACGAUCCAAGCGACAAAUUUAUCUACAUGGUUUUUGAAUACGUAGAGAGAGGAUCAGUCUUGGAAAUACCAACAGAUAAACCUUUGCGAGAAGAUAUUACGUGGAGAUAUUUUAGAGAUACUCUACAAGGGCUGGAAUACUUGCAUUUUCAAAAAAUCGUGCAUCGUGACCUCAAACCAUCAAAUCUAUUGCUGUCAGAAAUAGGUCAUGUUAAGAUCGCAGAUUUCGGUGUUUCAUGCGAAUUCGAAGGGAUUGAUGCAUUUUUGACUGGAACGGCAGGUACUCCAGCUUUUAUGGCCCCUGAAGCCUUAGUGGAAGAUUCUUCACUUUUCUAUAGUGGCCGAGCCCAGGAUAUUUGGUCACUUGGCAUAACUUUAUAUGCUUUAUUAAUUGGCCAUGUACCAUUCACAGACAACUAUAUUAUUGCCUUGCAUAAGAAAAUCAAGAAUGAUCCUGUUAUUUUUCCGGAAAAUAUUUUUAUUAGUGAUGAUUGUAAAUCCUUGAUUUUGAAUAUGCUGAUCAAAGAUCCUGGCCUUCGAUUCAUGCUUCAUGAAAUAAAGGAGCAUAAAUGGGUAAGUAUGAAUGGAAAACUGCCAAUGCCAUCCGAAAGUGAAAAUUGUCAGUUGAUUACGGUCACUGAUGAGGAGAUUCAGAAUUCGUUACGUGUGAUACCUCGCCUUGAUACAUUAAUUCUUGUAAAAGCGAUGGGUCACAGGAAAAGAUUUGGGAAUCCCUUCAGGUUUUUUACUUUAUAG